AUGAUCAACAACCUCACAUCCUCUGCCUUCAAGAAACCCAUGCUUCCGACCCCGACUCCCAAACUCGCCUCAACUUACAACUCCAAGCAACAUCUUCUAUAUGGUCAUCGCACUGCGGGAUAUCCAGAUAGAUAUAUCUUUUAUGAUCAGUUACUUCAACGCUCCUUCUUCCAAACUCUCAUCACCAACAUGAACACGGCGGAAGGUCUACACAACAAUCACCUGUCCAAUGUCACCAAUGCCCCAUCUAUAGUCGUUGGUGAUUUUAACUACAAUUUCCGCCGAUACCGUCCACCAUCUAUUGUCAAACCAGCUAGCAUUCAAUUACAAUGGCUUUUUCAUUCGAUGCUCACCCACUACUAUCAGGAAAACACUCAUGAAUUAAUCCACGAACCUCAAGUACCUACCUUUCGUCGCAACACUACGUUCACUACCAUCGAUUAUAUGUUCUUGAAUCCUCAACUGAUGGACUUCCGUACUGACCAGUUUGUCCACUUGGACUGGACUGACCAUGCGAUGCUGUCUACCCAACUAACUUUUGAUAAUCCAGAUCUCGGUAAAGGUUUGUGGCGAGCCAAUCCACAAUUAGUCCACAACGAAUACUUCUGCCAACGCCUGUUCACUAAGCUUGACGAUUUCCACACCCUUCUCGCUUCCAAUGCUAAUGAUCUCACUCCACAAGUCAUUUGGGAUCAAAUCAAGGAAUUAACUCGACAGGUAGCCAAAUCUUGUAGUCGUCGUCAAUCGGAAUGGCGUCGCCGUCUACUUCGUCGUCUCCAAAGCAAGCGGAACAAGCUGCUACGACUCUACAAAACGACUCAAGGGGAGAAAUCCGCUGGUUUCCUCAAGCGUCUUACCUCCCAGCGAUCCCAACAACAAGCCAUCCCCACUCUUCAACACCCCAUCUCCUCCUCCGAUUGUGCGACCACAAAGGACAAACGGGCAGCUGCUGUAGCUUACUACGAACGGCUCUACACUGCGGAUAUAGUGGACACCGAAGCGAUUCGCUACUUUACUGAUCAGAUUCCCCAUACUGACAAAAUUCUAGAUUCAGACCACCCUUUUGGCAUUGAUUCGCUACCAUAUGCCAUAAUUCAAUUGCUUUUCACCCACCCACUCACCGCUGCCAUUGCUCUCCGUGUUUAUUUUGACGCCUUGUCAGACGGCGUACUCCCGCAAUCGUGGCAAGAAACUUGUCUGGUCUUGCUCCCUAAGAAAGGUGAUCCUGCCUUGUUGCAGAACUGGCGUCCCAUUAGUCUUAUCUGUUGUGAUGCCAAAAUCUUCACUCGGCUUUUGAAUGCUCGGCUCAUGCUCCACUUCGGCACACGAUUGACCACCUCACAACCCGGCUUCAUGCCCCAUCACUUCAUUGGCGAACCAGCCAUGACCCUACAUUGCGCUCUGUCCCUCGCCACUGCCACCCAUUCUACGUCAAUCGCCUUGUUGUUAGAUCAAGAAAAGGCAUAUGACCGUGUCAACUUGGAGUACCUCACCGCUGUACUCACAGCUUUUAACAUGCCACCUUCUCUAAUCUCAUCACUGCUUUCUUUGUUUACUAACACGCAGGUACGGGUCAACAUCAACGGUGUGGAAUACAUCCACUAUGAUCUGCAUUCCGACAGUUCCUCCAGUUACCAGAUUUAG